GACGGAGCACAUAUUCAACGGCCAAACUCAGACUUGGACAGGCAGUUGAGGGAGCUUCAGCAACGCGAACUAAUCUAUCAAAAGCAGUUAAGGGAGAUGGAACAACAUGAAAAAAACUAUCGAGGACAGUUGAGGGAGAUGGAACAACGUGAGGAAAACUAUCAAGGGCAGUUAAGGGAGAUGGAGCAACGUGAAGAAAACUAUCAAGGGCAGUUAAGGGAGAUGGAACAACGUGAAGAAAACUAUCAAGGGCAGUUAAGGGAGAUGGAACAACGCGAAGAAAACUAUCAAGGGCAGUUAAGAGAGAUGGAACAACGUGAAGAAAACUAUCAAGGGCAGUUAAGGGAGAUGGAACAACGUGAAGAAAACUAUCAAGGGCAGUUAAGGGAGAUGGAACAACGUGAAGAAAACUAUCAAGGGCAGUUAAGGGAGAUGGAACAACGUAAAGAAAACUACCGAGGGCAGUUGACGAAUUCUGAAGAACGAAUUUCUAACUUAGAAAAACAACUGAGGGACAAACAAGAGGAAAUUAAUGAGGUAGAGUUAAGUCUUUCAACAGCUCAGCUAACAAUUAAUGAACUGCGUCACCAGGAAACAUGUGACUGGCUUAUCUCUCGCAAUGAAAUUCAAAUGAAAGAAAAAUGCCUUGGGAAGGGGGGCUGGGGAAGUGUUUACGAGGGAAGUUAUUGUGGCUGUACCGUUGCCGUGAAACAAAUCCAUGAUCUGAUUGUGUCUCCUCAUAACAUACGUCUUUUUGAGAGAGAAAUGAAUAUUGCAUCCAAGUGCCGUCAUCCUCACUUGCUACAGUUUAUUGGUGCUACAAAUGAUGAGGAAAACCCUCUGUUUGUGACCGAGCUGAUGGAGAAAAGUCUGCGGACACUUUUGGAACAGCAGCAACUCUCCGAAACAGAAAUACGCACCAUUUCUCUAGAUGUAGCUCGCGCGCUGAACUACCUUCAUCGCAAGAAACCUGAACCCAUCAUUCACCGGGAUGUGAGCAGUGCUAAUGUGUUGCUAUGGCAACAGGGUGACCAAUGGAGGGCCAAAGUUUCAGAUUAUGGCACUGCUAAUUUCAUGCAGCAGACGAUGACAGUGGCUCCUGGAGCUAUGAUUUACAGCGCGCCUGAAGCACUUACUCCGAACCAAACAGUCAAGGUUAGUUUUGGUUCAAAACUGUUCAACCAACUUCUAUUUUAGACUUGACACUCGUUGGUGCUGUGAUCAUGGGCGCGUCAGCCUGUUCGCUCGUUCCGUCACACAAAAGCAAACCUACUUCACACUGGCAUUCCUUACGUAGGUGUAAAAUCAGAGCCAGCUAAAUAAUGCUGAACUGAUCAUCCCAUGCGUUGUGUAGUAGCAAUAUCCCUUUUUUGUAAGCUGUGGGCAAACGUUGGUAACUUUGUCAGGUAAAAGUAUCAUUAAUUGACGUUAAACCUUGGUGCAAAAACAAACAACACGCAUAUAAAUAGGUUCGGGCCACCUUAAGUGGCAUUUCAUUAACAGAGAGGGUAUUGUGACAGUAUAAUUUGUCCGUUGAGCUAAAGACGAUUCCCGCUGCAGAGAGAUGGCCGUCAGUAGAGGUUCGACUGUAUUUGUCUUUUCUGUGAUCUUCUAUGUAUCUAUGAAAAGGAUGAACUCCUCCAACUUUUAUUGUGGUGACUAGUCAUUAACAGUUUUUGUUUUUGUUGUUGUUGUUGUUGUUGUUGUUGCUGCUGUUGUUUAGCUCUGGCUGAUGGAAAAGUUGCCUCGGUCUGCUCUAUGCAAGUAAUGAAUGGAAUAUUAGAGAUGGCAUGGUAUUUUGGGAGUAACAUAUAAGUGGUAGUAAUAAAAUAGUAAGCUCCAAAACCAAUAACAAAAAUUAAACAAUGUGUGUAUCGUUCAUAGGUUGAUGUUUACAGCUUUGGUGUUCUUCUUUGUGAAAUUUGCAUCCGGGAACUUCCAGAUCCUAGAAGGCGUGACGAACAAGUGAUGCUCGUGACUAACCGCGUGUUAAGAGGCCUGGUACGGCGAUGCUUGCAGACAGAACCUGGCACGAGACCAAACAUGCAGACGAUAACCGACGAAUUAAAGGAUUUCAAUGUAGCAUGUUAA